GUGAAAGCGUAAUUCUGUACGAGAGAGACAUAGUCGGUCUGCUUGGUGGAAGUCAUAAUACAUACAUAAGCAAAAAUGGAGGGGUUUAAGCUAUUGGUAUUAGCUGCUGCGCUUAUCGGGGUCACAUGUGGUGUUUCUAUUUCAAAUCAAGAACCUAAGAAAUUGGUCUGCUACUACGGAUCAUGGGCAGUUUACCGUCCAGGAGAUGGAAAAUUUGACGUCGAGCAUAUGGACCCCAUGCUUUGCACGCAUCUUAUUUACGGUUUUGCUGGCCUUGCUCAAGAUGGGACUUUGAGAAUCUUAGACGACUAUAAUGACCUCGAAGAGAACUGGGGACGUGGAGCUAUGCGACGCUUUACGAACUUCAAACUAGUCAAUCCCAACCUAAAAGUUUUGCUUGCAAUUGGAGGGUGGAAUGAGGGGUCAAUUCGAUACUCCGACAUGGCUUUGACCCAAGCUUCUAGAAGACGCUUCAUCGACAGCGUUACUCCAUUCUUGGAUCGCUAUAAUUUUGACGGGUUCGAUCUCGAUUGGGAGUAUCCCGCUGAUCGAGGUGGUCGUCCAGAAGAUAAGGCCAACUUUGCCCUUUUGUGUGAAGAAAUGCGAGCAGACUUUGAUACUCGUGGCUGGCUUUUGACUGCUGCUGUGUCUGCUGGAAUCCCCACGAUCGAUAAGGCUUAUGAUGUCCCAUCAAUCUCCAGGUCCCUGCACUUUAUCAACGUUAUGACUUAUGACUUUCACGGGGGCUGGGAAUCUUACACGCAUCACAACUCUCCCAUGGACGCAAUCCCAGAAGUCGACACUGGAAACAAUACUUGGCUCAAUGCUAAAAGUGCGAUUGAUCACUGGAUCACGAGGGGGUGUCCUCCAGAGAAACUGAUUUUGGGAAUGGGAACUUACGGGCGUGGGUGGACGUUGAACGACGCUAGCGAAAAUGGGUUCUAUGCCCCUGCAAAUCAACCAAUCGAGGCUGGCCCUUAUACCAGAGAGCCAGGUAUUUGGGGUUUUAAUGAGGUUUUGGAGAAAUUCGCCCAGGAACCGGGACAAUGGACGAUUGUACGAAACGAGUUUGUCGCCGCACCCUACGCCUUCAAUCAAAGAAAAUGGAUCAGUUAUGAUGACGUUGAAAGUAUCAAUGGUCGAGUUUCCUACGUCUUGGACAAGGGCCUCGGAGGUGGCAUGUUUUGGAGCAUUGAAACCGACGACUUCCACGGACUGUACAGCUCAGAGGCAUUUCCUCUCUUGAAAACUGCGAGGCGAGGGCUUAUCGGGGGUGAUAUUCCGACACCACCACCAACCACGACCGACCCCACGGCACCGACCACUGUAACCACGCCACGCCCAAGUCCCCCACCAGACGGUCUCUGCACGGCUCCAGGGCUCGUGCCGAACCCAACGAAUUGUCGCAUCUACCACAUGUGCGUCCCAAUCGGAGGGGGCGAGUACGACGUCGUCACCUAUCACUGCCCCGAAGGAACCGUUUACUUUCCUGAUAUGCAGAUUUGUAAUUGGUUUGACGGCCCAGGUUGUCCAUAAACAGACGUAUAUUGUACCUCAACAGAAUACGACUAACAAACUCUUCCCUGUGAUUUAAAUUAUAGUAACUUAAAUUUUAAAUAUGUGAUAUAUAAGUGCCAAAAGUAGAAAAUAAAUAUUUUGUAAAAUAAUA